AUGUCGGAUAAAUCUUCGUCUGAAUCGGAAAAUGUUGACAUAGGCUCUGAAGAUGAGCGUGAAAGUAAAAGUGACAAGCGCAAGGCGACAGACAAACAUGAACAGAUCCAAGUUAAAAAGCCGCAUCUUUCUUUUGGGAUAAGCCAAAUUCUCGGCAGUCGAGGCUUUUGUAAAUCGCGAUCUCUGUCACCCAGCGACUGCAAAAUUGACGUCACUGACGAUGAAGAAGAAAGGUGUGCGAGUGAUAAUGACGUCGACGGAAUUGAUGACGUCGAACGUGAACUCUCAGAUACGGAAGCCGACGGACGUAAAUCUCCAUCGCGGUCGGCGGCGUCAUCCCCGGCACUCUCGACGUCAAAGUACGAGGACGCAUUGAACGCGCAUGCGCACACGAUGUACUCCCUCGACCUGUCGGGUACGCCGCUCCUACCCCUUGCAGCGGGCUGCGGGCUAUACCGGACGUCCACGGGAUUGAUUAAAGUGCCGGCGCAGCGACCACAUCCGAUGCUCCAUAUGUUCAACCCUUACAACAUACCCUGGAUUGACUUCCGGCGGGAUCGGUUCGGAGGCGAAACCUUAAUUGUCAGGCGAAUUGGUCAUCCGUACCAAAACCGAACGCCACCAAAGCGCAAGAAGCCCCGGACGUCGUUCUCGCGGCUGCAGAUUAUGGAGCUGGAGAAGAGGUUCCACCGCCAGAAGUACCUGGCGUCUGCGGAGAGGUCCGCCCUCGCUAAGACGCUCAAGAUGACGGACGCCCAGGUGAAGACGUGGUUCCAGAACAGACGGACAAAGUGGAGACGGCAAACGGCAGAGGAACGGGAAGCCGAACGGCAAGCCGCAAAUCGGCUGAUGAUGUCGUUACAAGCGGAAGCGAGCAAGACUGUUUACGACAUUCGAGACCCGUUGUGCAUGAGUAACUCCUCGCUCCAUGCGCUUCAGAAUCUGCAGCCGUGGGUUGAAGAGUCCGCGGGAAACUCUAGUUGA